CUCUGAUCUCUUAAGCAACUACUAUCCUCAACGAAAAUCUUCGUCAUGGGAAUCAAGAUGCCAGAGUCCUCCUCACCGCGCGAGUCUUCUCCUGUCAACGAUGACGACGUAACUCUGCCUGAUGCACCCCCUCUAGAGAGUGAAAGCGGGACUGCAUUGGACCCGAACAAGCCAGAUCAAUCAAAAGUUGCGCUCGAAGACCUGUUCGAUGAUGAUGAUGGCGACCUUGAGGACGAAAUUCUAGCUUCCGACGCAGCAAAUCUGCCCUCUCCUCCUCCCCAGACUGCACCCGCAACAUCAGCAAAUGCUGCACCUGCUUCUCAACAGGAAUCCUACUCAGACCCCAACUUGAUGUUACAGUUCUAUUCAAGACUGUUCCCAUUUCGGUCGCUAUUCCAAUGGCUCAAUCAUUCCCCCAAACCGGGACCCGACUUUGCCAACAGAGAGUUCGCACUGACCCUGUCCAACGAUGCAUAUCUUCGAUAUCAAUCCUACCCCACCGCAGAUACUCUUCGUAAAGAUAUCCUACGGCUGAAUCCCUCACGUUUCGAGAUAGGGCCCGUGUACACCACGAACCCGAGAGACAGAAAAACCUUGAAGAAGAGUUCAAUGUUCCGACCAUUGAGCAAAGAGAUAGUUUUCGAUAUUGAUUUGACUGAUUACGAUGAUAUUCGGACGUGCUGCGAAAAGGCCAAUAUCUGUUCAAAAUGUUGGUCCUUUGCAACGAUGGCGAUCAAAGUGGUUGACGUCGCGCUAAGAGAUGAUUUUGGCUUCGAGCACAUUAUUUGGAUAUACUCAGGGCGUCGUGGUGUCCACGCAUGGAUUAGUGACAAAGAUGCCCGCGAGCUGGACGACGACAAGCGGAAAGCGAUAACUGGCUACUUUGAGGUCUUGAAGGGAGGCGUCCAGGGUGGCAAAAGAGUUAACCUCAAGCGGCCACUGCAUCCUCAUAUCACGCGAAGUCUGGAUAUCCUCCGACCAUACUUCCAACAGGUUCUUGUUGACCAAGAACCCUUCAUGUCACAGAAUGGGCAAGAUCGACUUUUACAAUUGCUUCCCGACAAAGCACUGAACGAAGCACUGGCCAAGAAGUGGGCGAGCAGCCCCAAUCGACCAAGUGCCCGUAAAUGGGCUGAUAUAGACGCCUUGGCGGAGACCGGAGUCAGCAAAACGUUGAACACGAAAGCGUUGUUGGAGGCCAAACAGGACAUCCUUCUUGAAUACACCUAUCCCAGACUCGAUGUGGAAGUCGGCAAGAAACGCAUUCAUUUGUUGAAGAGCCCUUUUGUCGUGCAUCCUGGAACUGGAAGAGUCUGUGUACCAAUCACUGCAGCUGGAGACAUGAAACGUGCCGAGGCUUUCGAUCCGCUGUCAGUUCCUAGGGUCACUGAACUCCUCAAAGAAGUUGAUGAGUUUGGAAGUGCCGAUGACGGUGCGAACGUCAAUGGGUUUGUUGAGGACGGUGUGACGAUGAGGAAGUUGAACGAUUGGGAGAAGACUAGGCUGAAGUCAUACGUUGAAUUAUUUGACGGUCAUAUCAAAGCGUUAAUGAAGAGUGAAAUGGUUAGGGUCAAGCGAGAGAGGGACGACGAUGGCGUUACGGGGCCUGACGGAAUGGAAUUUUGAUACAUAGCCAUGCUGAAUCUUGCACGAAUGACUAUGCAUCCGAGGCGAAUGACAGACUCAAAUCAGAUCGAAUAUGGACGCUCCCACCAGUCUUCGAAUGUGAGCUUCAUUAUUGAAAGAUUCUCUGAUCAGUCACCGCACGACUUUUCGAUU